UGGACUCUUCAGAGCUGCGUUGCGGAGAAAGACGACGGUCGGCUUGCCAUUUAAAACUCACGUUUUCUGUGGACUCUCAUAUUUAUUCUAUCUUGAUUAGAUUGAGGAGUGCUUGUUUUUAUUUCAAAGGAAACUUCUUGAAAUAUAUAUUUUUUUGAAUUCACGAUGCAUUCUAUGUGGAUGCUCGCCGUCAACGGCCGAUGGCGCACACUGUUUGCCAUUCUUUGUCUCUGUGAGCUGCGCUUGGCGAGUGGACAGGCUCGCUAUUCCAUACCGGAGGAGCAGGCGGAAGGCUCUUUUGUUGGAAAUAUUGCGAGAGAUUUGGGCUUGGACUUGGGGAGACUCGUGGCAGGUAAAGCUCGUAUUAUAACAAAAGAAGAUCGACAGUUUGUUGAUUUAAAGCGAGACAAAGGCACGCUUGUCGUGAAGGAGCGCAUCGACCGAGAGGAGCUUUGUGGAAAGACGACGCCCUGUAGCUUCAGUUUUGACAUCAUUUUGGAAAACCCAAUUCAGCUUUAUCGUGUAACAGUGGAGGUCGUGGACAUUAAUGACAACAGUCCCUCCUUCCCCCAGUCUGAAAUUAAUAUUAAGAUUGCUGAGAAUGCUGUAGUGGGAACUCGUUUCUCACUCGAGAAUGCCGAUGACUCUGAUGUUGCCAUUAAUGAUAUUCAGAGUUACGCACUUCGACCUUCAAAUGAUUUUAAACUGGAAAUACAAAGCCAACCAGGUGGACCAAAAUUCAUUGAAAUGAUUUUGCAGAAGCCUUUAGACCGAGAAAGAGAGGAGAGCCUCACACUCAUGUUGAUUGCUUCAGAUGGUGGUGAGCCACAUAGAUCAGGGACGGUGAGAAUUCACAUCUCUGUGCUGGAUGCAAACGACAACGCGCCAGUGUGCACUCAACCUGUUUAUAAGGUCGAUGUGCCAGAAAAUUCACCUGCAGGUACGGUGAUCAUUCGUGUGAGUGCAAACGAUGCUGAUGCAGGCCUCAAUGGGGACGUCACAUAUUCAGCUCGUUCUUCCAAAGACACAGAGCAGCUAUUUAAUGUAAAUAUUAAAACAGGGGAGAUUAAACUUGCAGGUAAAUUAGAUUUUGAGAAAUCAAGGAGUUAUCAGUUAAACGUUCAGGCUAGUGAUCAUGGAGGAUAUACGGACACAUGUAAAGUUAUUGUUAACAUACUUGAUGAGAAUGACAAUGUCCCCACCAUUGAAAUUAUGUCAUAUUCUCUGUCCAUACCCGAGAAUUCUUCCCCAGGGACAACCGUAGCUGUUUUUAACGUGAAUGAUGAAGACUCUGAGGGCAAUGGUGUUGACAAGUGCUCCAUUAACGCUGACGUCCCUUUUAAAAUCGAGUCUUCUCUAACUGGUUACUACACCAUAGUGACUGAAAACUUCUUAGACCGGGAAAAUGUCCCUGAAUAUAAUGUGACCAUAACAGUGUCUGACCAAGGCUCCCCACCUCUGUCGAGUAGUAAAAACAUAAAUGUUAAAAUAUCUGACGUAAAUGACAACCUGCCUGAAUUCCACCAGUCAGAAUACAUUAAGACUGUGCCGGAGAACAACACUCCUGGUUUUUCCGUGUUUACUGUCAGUGGUAGUGAUGCAGACUGGGGCCAGAAUGCUCGAAUGUCUUACUUCCUGGAGGAGAAAGAAGUUAAUGGAGUAGCUGUGUCUUCUUUUGUCUCCAUCAAUUCUGAGAAUGGUGUCAUCCACGCAGUCAAAUCAUUUGAUUAUGAACAAAUCAAAUCCUUUGACUUUAAUGUUACUGCCCGUGACUCCGGAUCCCCUCCACUCAGUUCUGUGGCCACAGUCUGCAUUCUGAUAAGCUCGAGCGCAUCGACCGAGAGGAGCUUUGUGGAAAGACGACGCCCUGUAGCUUCAGUUUUGACAUCAUUUUGGGUGGCAGGUAAAGCUCGUAUUAUAACAAAAGAAGAUCGACAGUUUGUUGAUUUAAAGCGAGACAAAGGCACGCUUGUCGUGAAGGAGCGCAUCGACCGAGAGGAGCUUUGUGGAAAGACGACGCCCUGUAGCUUCAGUUUUGACAUCAUUUUGGAAAACCCAAUCCAGCUUUAUCGUGUAACAGUGGAGGUCGUGGACAUUAAUGACAACAGUCCCUCCUUCCCACAGCCUGAAAUUAAGAUUAAAAUCGCUGAGAAUGCUGUAGUGGGGACUCGUUUCUCUCUCGCGAAUGCAGCCGAUCCCGAUGUUGGUCUUAAUGAUAUUCAGAAAUAUGCACUGAGACCAUCAAAUAAUUUCAAACUGGAAAAACACAAUCAACCAGAUGGUGAGGGUUUUAUAGAAAUGAUUUUGCAGAAGCCUUUAGACCGAGAAAGAGAGGAGAGCCUCACACUCAUGUUGAUUGCUUCAGAUGGUGGUGAGCCACAUAGAUCAGGGACGGUGAGAAUUCACAUCUCUGUGCUGGAUGCAAAUGACAACGCGCCAGUGUGCACUCAAUCUGUUUAUAAGGUCGAUGUGCCAGAAAAUUCACCUGCAGGAACAUUGAUCACGACUGUUAGUGCAAACGAUGCUGAUGCAGGCCUUAAUGGUGACGUCACUUACUCCACCCCUCAUGUGACCAAAGAGGAAGAGCAGCUUUUUCAUGUUAAUGUCAAAACAGGGGAGAUUAAACUUACUGGUUUAUUAGAUUUUGAAAAAUCAAAAAACUUUCAAUUGAAAGUCCAAGCUAGUGAUCAGGGUGGUUAUUCAGAUACAUGCAAAGUUAUUGUGAACAUACUUGAUGAGAAUGACAAUGUCCCCACGAUUAAGUUAAUGUCAUUUUCUCAAUCCAUACCUGAAGAUUCUCCCCCAGGUACAACUGUAGCUGUUUUUAAUGUGUAUGAUGAAGACUCUGAGGGCAAUGGAGUUGUCAAGUGCUCCAUUAACGAUGACGUCCCUUUUAAAAUUGAGUCUUCUCUUACAGGUUACUACACCAUAGUGACUGAAAACGUUUUAGACAGGGAAAGUAUCCCUGAAUAUAAUGUGACCAUAACAGUGUCUGACCAAGGCUCCCCACCUCUGUCGAGUAGUAAAAACAUAAAUGUUAAAAUAUCUGACGUAAAUGACAACCUGCCUGAAUUCCACCAGUCAGAAUACAUUAAGACUGUGCCGGAGAACAACACUCCUGGUUUUUCCGUGUUUACUGUCAGUGGUAGUGAUGCAGACUGGGGCCAGAAUGCUCGAAUGUCUUACUUCCUGGAGGAGAAAGAAGUUAAUGGAGCAGCUGUGUCUUCUUUUGUCUCCAUAAAUUCUGAGAAUGGUGUCAUCCACGCGGUCAAAUCAUUUGAUUAUGAACAAAUAAAAUCCUUCGACUUCAACGUUACUGCCCGCGACUCCGGAUCCCCUCCACUCAGUUCUGUGGCCACAGUCCGCAUUCUGAUCCAGGACCAGAACGACAAUGCCCCUCAGGUCCUGUACCCGGUGCAGACGGGCGGCUCGCUGCUGGCCGAAAUGGUGCCGCGUUCAGCAGAUGUGGGCUAUCUGGUGACGAAAGUGGUGGCCGUGGACGUGGACUCUGGCCAGAACGCCUGGCUCUCCUAUAAAGUGCACAAAGCCACCGACAGGGCGCUGUUUGAAGUGGGCCUCCACAACGGAGAAAUCCGAACCGUCCGCCAAGUGACUGACAAAGAUGCUGUCAAACAAAGACUGACUGUUGUCGUGGAGGACAACGGGCGGCCCUCUCGUUCAGCGACAGUCAUUGUGAAUGUGGCGGUGGCCGACAGCUUCCCUCAAGUGCUGUCAGAGUUCACUGACUUGAGCAUGCACGACAAGGAGUACAAUGACCAGCUGACUUUUUACUUAGUCUUGGCGCUGGCGGUGGUCUCCUUCCUCUUCAUCACCUGCUUGCUGCUUAUCAUAUCGGUCAAAGUGUACCGGUGGAGACAGUCUCGCGUCCUGUACCACUCCAACCUGCCUGUCAUUCCGUAUUGCCCACCACGAUACUCGGAUACUUUGGGGACGGGGACUCUCCCACAUGUGUACAAUUUCGAGGUGUGCAGGACCACCGAUUCCAGAAAAAGUGACAUGAAGAAUAUGCAAGCCAUGAGUCAAAGUUUAGUGAGUGUGGAUGGAGCUGAUACUGACAUGCUGCAUGUGAACAAGGAGCUGUCAGGAAACUGCUCACAGAUGUCAACAUUGGUGAGUCAAAUGCUUUAUUUUUUUAUUUUGUUUUUUUUUCAACUGAAAACGGUCACAUGUUGCCAGGUUAGAAGGUGGAGUUUGCACGCCUCAUCAUUGCAGAUUGACAGUAUGGUUGCAUGACUGGCAUGUUGAGGGAAGUCUUACCUGUGUAAGAGUUACAUUCAGUAUCACA